CCAAGCCCGCCGGUUAAUCGUCUACUAACCUCUUGGACUCCAGAUAGACGUGCCCAUUUGUUAUUUCAACAUACUAUUCUCCCGCCAUUUUUGGAAACACAGUACGGUUCACCCGACAUGAUCAAGCGCCGCCUCCUCCACUCUCUCCCGCCACCACCAACCACCGACGCCGCCAAUGUCACCUCUCUCUCCGACUACCACCGGCUCCUCCGCUCAAUAAACAGCCCAACCAAACUCAACCAAAUCCUCUCCCGCCUCCUCAUCCUCGGCCUCCACCAGAACCCCUCCACCAUCCUGUUCAACUCCCUCCUCCGAUCCUUCACUAACUCAAACAACCCCAGAGCAGCUAUCCGACUUUACACCCAAAUGCUCAAUCGAGGCCCGGAGCCCGACAACUACUCCUUCACCUUUGUCCUCAAGGCCUGCGUCGGGGCCCACGAUAUCAAAACGGGCAAAUCAGUCCACAACCAAGUCAUUCGUAGAGGAUUGAUUGAUGACUUGUUUAUUGGGACUGGACUUGUUGAUAUGUAUGUGAAAUUCGGUAGGGUUGAGAUUGCACGCAAAGCGUUUGAUUCAAUGCCGACGAGGGACGUCGUUUCCUGGAAUGCUAUGAUUGCGGGUUUUGCGAAGGGAGGGGAGCCCAGUAUAGCUCUCGGGCUUUUGAGGGAGAUGAUGGGUGUUGGGAUUGAACCUAAUUCGGUGAGUUUUCUAAACUUGUUUCCGGCUGUUUGUGUAUUGAGUGAGGUUAUGUUGUGUAGGACUCUUCACGGGUUUGUUGUUAGGAGAGGUUUUUGGGCUAGCGUUUCUAACGGGUUGGUUGAUACUUACUCAAAGUGUGGAGAUGUUGAGUCUGCUCGUGGGAUUUUCGACGGGAUGUUGGGCUUGAGGGAUGAUGUUUCGUGGGCUAGUAUGAUAUCGGGGUAUGUUUUUAAUGGAUUUUUUCUGGAGGCUUUGGAGCUUUUUGAUGAAAUGAGGAGAGAUGAUUUGAAGUUGAAUCAGGUAAGUUUGAUGAGUGCUCUCUCAGCCGUGGCAGAGAUUGGAGAUCUUGAAAGGGGGAUGGAUAUUCAUAAUUAUGCUAUUCAAAAAGGAAUAGAUUUUGAUGUUCCUACUAUUACAGUGCUCAUGACAAUGUAUGCUAAAUGCAGGGAUUUAGAAACGGCAAAAUUUUUGUUUGAGGGGAUUCAGAAGAAGGAUAUCGUUGCUUGGUCUGCAAUGAUAUCAUCCCUAAUCCAAAUAGGUAGAUCCAAAGAAGCAUUAUCUCUACUUCGGGAAAUGGUAAUGAGGGGUUUUGUACCUAAUAAGGUUACUAUAGUAAGUGCGCUUCCUGCUUGUGGAGACUUGUUGGAUGUGAAAUCUGGAAAGUGCAUCCAUUGCUAUGCCUUAAGAUUGGCCAUCGAUGAGGAUGUUUCAGUCGGAACUGCUCUCAUUUCAAUGUAUGCUCAGUGUGAACUUUUUACUUCAGCUCAUGUAGUCUUUGAUGCUUUACGGUACAAAGAAGUUAUAACUUGGAAUACGCUAAUCAAUGGGUAUGCACAACUUGGAGAUGCUUGCAAUGCUCUUAGGAUGUUUCAGCAGUUAAGGGCAACAGGACUGCAACCUGAUCCAGGAACUAUGGUUGGCAUUCUUCCAGCUUGUGCUCUCUUAAAUGCUUGUGACUUAGGUUCAAGUGUUCAUGGUUUGAGUAUAAAGAAUGGAUUCGAUUCUGACCAUCAUGUGAAAAAUGCCAAUAUAGAUAUGUAUGCCAAGUGUGGGAACUUUCCCUCAGCAGAGAUUUUGUUCUGCGAGGCUAAAGCUCGUAAGGAUGUCAUAUCUUGGAAUACCAUGAUCGCGGGGUAUAUGCACAAUGGAAAUGCAAAUAAAGCAUUAUUGGUAUUUCGUGAAAUGAGAGCUGAGAAUAUCAAGCCCAAUGUAGUCAGUCUCGUGAGUAUAAUUCCAGCGGUGGCUGAGCUUACUUCUCUAAGAGAUGGUUUGGCUCUUCAUUCCUUUGUGAUCACGUCUGGAUUAGAGACUAAUGUGCUCAUCGGCAACAGCCUGAUCGACAUGUACUCAAAAUGUGGGCAAAUUGAUUGUGCACGAUAUUUUUUCGACUGGAUGGACUACAAAGAUACUGUAUCAUGGAAUGUGAUGCUUUCUGGAUACGCUACCAAUGGUCUUGGUGAAGAUAGUGUUGCAUUGUUUAAGGAGAUGAACAAAAGGGGAAUCAAAGCAGACUCUCUUUCCUUUGUGGGUGUCUUGUCUGCCUGCAGGCAUGGCGGUCUAGUUGAAGAAGGAAAGAAGAUCUUCGAAUCAAUUGAAAAUGAACUUGACUUGGAACCGAAAAUGGAGCAUUAUGCUUGUAUGGUGGAUUUAUUGGGUCGAACUGGUCAAUUUGAUGAAGCAUGGGAAUUGAUUCAGAGAAUGCCAAUGGAACCUGAUGCUGGUAUAUGGGGAGCUCUCUUGGGUGCUUGUAGAAUGCAUUCUAAUGUAAAGAUGGGAGAGAGAGCGUUAGAGAACUUAGUCAGAUUGGAGCCUGAAAACCCUGCUCAUUAUGUUGCUUUAUCUAAUAUUUAUGCUCAGGUUGGAAGGUGGGUUGAUGCUAGAAGGAUGAGAGCAGAAAUUAGUUAUAUAGGGAUGUCAAAAACUCCUGGAUGCAGCUGGGCCUAGAUUAAGUUCCUCAUACAUUCGAACUAUUCUGUCACAAUCAUAAUCUGAAAGAAAUUCAUCACAAAUUUGAUACAAUAUAUAUAACGCGGGAUAAGAAGAGAGAUUAAGUCCCUCUCUCAUAUCCACUGGAGGAGUUAAGAACAGGAACUGCCAAUCCAUGGACAGAUUCUGAUAUGGAAUGCUCUUGGACAAGCAUCAUGUUCUCGGAUAAUUUGGGAAGCCCAGAACAAUUUCUGUUCUUUGGAGCAUGAUCAGCUUUCUACAUCCGGGCAUUUAAAAAGGCUCGGCACAGUGUUUAUUGAUGGUCAGAGAUCGCUGCAGAUCCACUCGCCCACUCAUCGGAGACUAGAACAACUCAUCGGCGACUGAGUUUUGAAUCCUCGCAUUAUCAGAGUGUUGUGUUGUUUCUCGAACGAAGGCAUGCAUGUUAUGCGGCUUUUAACCCUGUAGACACAUGCGUAUGCUUAUCAGAACGCUACUCUUUUGGAAUUCAGCAAUAAGCAAGGGGGUGCAUCCUUCUUUAA